AAGUGUUUCUCUGCCGUUUGACCCCUCCUAAUGCUGACAGAGCUGUAUGAAGUUCGGGCAGAGAAGGAGCAGCUCGGGGUUAAACUUGUUACUGAAGCUUUCUCUUUAGCAGCGGCUCGGCCAGGACAGCCCCGCCAUGAGCACCAUGUUUGCAGACACCAUUCUGAUCGUUUUCAUCUCUGUCUGCACGGCGCUGUUAGCAGAAGGGAUCACCUGGGUUUUAGUCUAUCGAACUGAAAAGUACAAGAGGCUAAAAGCUGAGGUGGAAAAGCAAAGCAAAAAGCUUGAAAAGAAGAAAGAAACCAUCACUGAAUCUGCAGGACGACAGCAGAAGAAGAAGAUCGAAAGACAAGAAGAGAAGCUGAAGAACAACAACAGAGACCUGUCCAUGGUCCGCAUGAAGUCCAUGUUUGCUAUUGGCUUCUGCUUCACAGCUUUGAUGGGCAUGUUCAACUCCAUUUUCGAUGGCAGGGUUGUGGCCAAGCUGCCGUUUGUGCCGGUCUCUUACAUUCAAGGCCUGUCGCACCGCAACCUGCUGGGUGACGACUUCACCGACUGCUCCUUCAUCUUCCUCUACAUCCUGUGCACCAUGUCCAUCAGACAGAACAUUCAGAAGAUGCUCGGACUCGCUCCCUCCAGAGCUGCCACCAAACAGGCGGGCGGCUUCCUGGGACCUCCUGCCCAGGCGGCAAAGUUUUCCUAAUCAGCCGGUGACGAUGGCGCCCUCCACAGAGCAUAGAUGGAACCGUUUCAGCUGGAACUAAUGUCUUACAUGUUGCAGCUACCAUGUUGUUUGGUUUCUUUGUUGUUUGUUGUUAUAUUUAACUUAAAGGUGAGGAGGGAUAAAAAGAGUUAGUUCCUUAAAUUCUGUUCACACAGUUUAGCUCGUAUUGAUUUUAAUGGUAUUUUGGCACAAUAAGGUCUGAAGCCCUUUCAGUAUUAUUGGAUGUCAUCAUCUCUGUUUUGAAUAACUAACAUAUUAAUAAAAUUUUUAUGAUUAUAUCUCAGUACCA